AUGUCAUCAUCACAUUUCAUCCCAGAAAUGUCCUAUCCGCCUUAUUGUAUUCAACCAUUGAAGCCUUGGGGUUUAAUAGUCAUUGGUAGUGGUGGCGGUUCAACCAAAACCGGUGCUGGCAAUGACGUUCAUCUCAAAUGGACUCAUUUGAAUCCAUCGACAAAUUCAAAUCAUCAAAGGUGUUCCGUACAAAAUCAAAGUAAUUUUUCUCAGCAAGAUAGUGUCAUGCGGAUGAUCUCCGUAACUAAACAGCAAGAAUAUCUGAUCUUGGUGCAAAAUCAGCAUUUGAAAGUCAUUAUGCCGAAAGCAUGUCAUACUGACUUUGAUGACAAUCCGCGGAAUUCGAUGCCGCUACCUCGAACAUCGUCUGAUAUGAAAAAUUCGAAACGUCGCUUAUCUAUAUUGCUCCAUCCCAAAAGCCAAACAACUGUCAAAUCCAUCGUUUGUCAGGUCAAUUCAUUUAGUCAAUCAUUCAAUGACAUGAUACCACCAUCAACUACAGCAAUAAUUAAGAAUAAUAUUUACCGUUUCAAUUGA